UGAUGAAAGGUGAUAACCCGGAGAGGGUAUCCACUGUCUUUGACAGGGUUGUACGAUUGAGUUGUUAAAUUUCUUGGAAUUUCUUCAAGCGAGAGCGGUUUCUCGCAUAAUAUCUCGUCUGUCUGCGAAGCAUUAGCGAAAACACAAAUGUGAAAUUGAAAAUGAAGAGUGAACUCGCGACAUGGUCAACUUAACCCUGUCUGACCGAAUCGAACGACUGGGCGGGAGGGAACUAGGGGGAGAAAGAGAGAGAAAGAGAGAAAAAGGACGUAUGUGAAACAAGUAUAAAACUUCGCAAGUUGGAAACAUUUGAGCGUAAAGAAGAGAAAAUCAACUGCUGCAAUUUCUAGUAUUUAUAGUUGAAAGUCAAUAGAAAGCUAACAUGUUCAGUUGGCUGAGUCGUGAAGAGAAUGGCAAGCAAGACCUCUUUGAAAAUGUUACCGAUGGACUCAAGAGGAUAUACAAGUCCAAGUUAUUGCCAUUGGAGCAACAUUAUCAAUUUCACGAUUUUCACUCGCCGCAAUUGGACGACCCAGACUUUGAUGCAAAACCCAUGAUCCUCCUGGUCGGUCAAUAUUCCACUGGCAAAACUACAUUCAUCAAGUAUCUACUUGAAAGGGAAUUUCCUGGCAUUAGAAUCGGACCAGAGCCUACUACAGAUCGAUUUAUAGCCGUUAUGUAUGAUGAGAAGGAGGGUGUCAUUCCUGGAAAUGCUUUGGUUGUAGAUCCGAACAAACAGUUCAGACCGCUUUCAAAGUUUGGCAAUGCGUUCUUAAAUAGAUUUCAAUGUUCGACGGUAGCUUCUCCUGUCUUAAAAGGUAUAUCUAUAGUGGAUACUCCAGGUAUAUUAUCCGGUGAGAAACAACGAGUCGACAGGGGAUACGAUUUCACUGGUGUUUUAGAAUGGUUUGCCGAGCGCGUAGAUAGAAUUAUAUUGUUAUUCGAUGCUCAUAAACUCGAUAUAUCGGACGAAUUUCGUAGAUCUAUCGAAGCCUUACGCGGACACGAUGAUAAAAUUAGAAUCGUUCUCAAUAAAGCUGAUAUGAUAGACCAUCAGCAACUCAUGAGAGUAUAUGGUGCGUUGAUGUGGUCAUUGGGAAAGGUGUUGCAAACACCUGAAGUAGCCAGAGUUUAUAUCGGCUCAUUUUGGGAUCAACCAUUAAGAUACGACGUUAAUAGAAGAUUAUUCGAGGAUGAAGAACAGGACUUGUUCAGAGAUAUGCAAUCGCUGCCAAAAAAUGCUGCGUUAAGAAAACUAAACGACUUAAUUAAAAGAGCGCGUUUAGCGAAGGUGCACGCGUACAUAAUAAGUGCGUUACGAAAAGAUAUGCCGAGUGUAUUUGGUAAGGAUACCAAGAAGAAAGAACUGAUAAAGAACCUGGGCCAGAUUUACGAUCAAAUCCAAAGAGAACAGCAGAUUUCACCGGGCGAUUUCCCAGAUCUGAAGAAAAUGCAAGAGUGCUUAGCGCAUCACGAUUUUAGUAAAUUUAAUCCCUUGAAACCCAAGUUAUUGGAAGUGGUGGAUAGGAUGCUCGCCGAAGACAUCGCGAAACUUAUGGCAAUGAUACCACACGAAGAAGUUACCAAAGUUCCGGAACCGCUUAUUAAAGGUGGUGCAUUUGAAGGUGUAGAAGAUCAAGUCAGCCCAUUCGGAUACAAGAGAGGAGAAGGAAUUGAUGCAGGAGCAGGUGAACCAGAAUGGAUUGUCAAUAAAGAGAGAUAUAAGUACGACAGUAUCUUCGAAUCGCUCGGACCACAAGACGGAAAGAUCACGGGGGCUGCGGCCAAGUCGGAAAUGGUCAAGUCCAAGUUGCCCAAUAGCGUACUCGGAAAGAUUUGGAAACUUUCUGAUAUUAAUAAAGAUGGAUUCUUAGACUCCGACGAAUUCGCCUUAGCUAUGCAUCUGAUCAAUGUAAAACUUGAAGGCUACGACCUGCCAGCCGAACUGCCAGACCAUCUAAUACCACCGUCGAAACGCGACAUAUAAUAUACAAUUUUCAUAUCGUAAUUUAUUACGUUUCACAAAACUGGCUACGUAUUUCAAGAUUCACAAAGGUAGGUUCACGGAUUCGCGAACGAUAAAAGUUAUACUUUUACAAUCGGCUGUAUUAUAUUAUAUAUUAUAUGUAUUAUUUCGAUAAUAUUAAGGCCGGGGUAUAUGUAUACGUGUAUAUGUAUGUGUGUGUGUGUGUGUUGUGUGUAGAUACAUAUACAUACAUGUACAUGUAUGUAUAACUUGCAAUUUUUGACAAGCGUCACUAUAAGAAUGAUCCUGAAUAGGUAUGUAUCCUGAAUAGGUUUGAUGUGUCAGAGUAAAAGGACACAUUAUUCCGUCUUGGUAAGCAUACAUCUGUGUCUUUCAAAUAAUACUUUUCCGAAAUAUCUAUGAGGAUUGCGUACUGUAUGCAUAUUUUGUGAUGCUCAGUCGCAUUUAUUUUUAAAAUAUUAAGUAGUUAAAUCAUUAUAAUUGAAACUUUGGCCUUGAUACUAUAUUUGAUGCUUUAUUCGACAUCGUGAGAUACUGGAUUACGGAAUAUGUCGCUGAACAUUGAAUAAGAGACUGCAUUAAAAUAUAUUAAAACGAAUAGUCUUUUCUUCUUAAAGGACAUGACAACACAGAAUGUUACUUGAAUGUUUGAUUAAACUUGAAUAAUAUGUUUGUAAGAUAAAAUAGAUUCGUACAAAUUUUAAUUAUUUAAACGAAGGACAAAAGUAUAUUUCACUUGCGAAGAAUAUAUUCAUCGAUAAGAAACUGUUACACACAUGUUUAGGAUAAGUGAAAUGUGUUUUCACAGUUUGAGUCAAAUCUUUUUAGAACAUUCUGUGUGUAAAACUGUAAAACGGUCGAGAAAAUGGAAAUAUGUAAGAAGAUGAAAGACUGGAUUAAAAACGCGUAGAUUUUAUACAUCUUAAAGGAAACGACGAAUAUAAAGUCUAAGAAGUUAUUUUUUCAUUAAUAAUUAGAGGAAUCAAUCCGGAUUUGUAUAACAACAAGAGAAUCUUUUGUCUUUUUAUACAAUUCUUGACCAACGUGAUUAAAAUAUGCUUGAAACUUUUUAUAGCAAAGAGAAUACUAUCACUCUCGCGUCCUUUUCUCGUUGUAUUAUUUUUAUACCCACGUUGCGUUUAAAGAACGAUACACACUACUUUCAGCUAAAAUUUUGAAGCUAUCCAUUCAGACUUGCAUUCAGCGGCCAAUGUUUGUUGCGUAUACUUAUAUUGUGCAAUCCUGCUAGAUUUGUAACUAUUAGAUUCCAUUUUUGCGAGAUACCGACCAAAGAUACGACGUUAGAAUUAUACAUGCAACAUCACGAACCUUUCAAAAGCUGUACUUGUAUUCAUAUUGUAUUCAUUGGUAAAUCUUACUUAUAAAAAUGUUUAUAUUAAAACAUUGGUCUUCUCCUACUUUAUUAAUUGUAAUGUUUAUAUGUAUUUGUUAAUCUUCCAGUACACGCAUACUGUAUAAAAUGACAAUGUUACUAUCUUGUUGAGCUCUCGAUUGCAUUUUUCUAUUUGCACUGCCUUCGCAUGUCGCGGAUUUAUGUGAUAUAAAAAAGUACAUUUGCAUUUGAAAGCUCUAUUUGCACUAUUCGGGGAAAUAUCUCAAAUUCAUAUUGAAAACAAAUGUAAUGUCAGAACAGCCGAAGUAACGUUAUUUUUUAAAUAAAUAACACGACAUGUAACAUAAGAUUUACACUCCAGCAGUUUAGAGAAAUAUGUAUCUUAUGUCUACAGAAUGUUGUGUUUUUUUCAGUCGAUACACAUUCCAACUUGAAACUCAUCGCG